CAUCAAACAUGGCCGCAUCUUUGCCUUUACCCUUACCUAUGUUCCAUAGUCGCACUGGGUCUUUAGUAGCAUUAAGCAAUAGUAACAGAACUGCACAGAGAAACCACCCUACACAAGAGUUUAAUAAUGGAGUAGUACUAAGUUCUGAUCCCCUUCGAGAUAAUCAAGUUUUUGAAGUAAAAAUUGACCGAAAGGUGAACUCAUGGAGUGGUUCUAUAGAAAUUGGCGUCACUGUCUGCGAGCCCAGCAACUUAAAUUUUCCAUUCAGUGCGACUGGAUUUCGAGAUGGGACAUGGGUGAUGUCAGGGAUGUCCAUACUGUGUGAUGGUCAUUCUAUGGUCGAGGACUAUGGCUGCGACCUGGACCAAUUAGCAGAAGGGGACAGAGUGGGGGUGAUGCGCAGCUCUGAAGGAGUGCUACAUUUUUAUGUGAACGGUGUUGACCAGGGUCCAGCUGCCACUGGCAUCCCACCUAAGGUGUAUGCAGUCAUUGACCUGUAUGGGAAGUGUGCCCAGGUGUCAAUCUCCGAGCCAAGCACAGCCACACCCACCAGUUCUACCAGAGAAAACACUAUUCUAAGCAAUGACUUCACCAAUGAAAUAGCGCAUGAGUUCCUGACUGAAAUCUCCAACCAAAUUGCAAAUGAUCUCGCUGCUGAGCAGGAAGCUAGCCUUUGUCUUUCAGAGGAAGACGGUCUCUCCAGGGACAGUCUCCGCUUUCAUGAAAAAUGUGGGAAUCUUGUUAAAUUAAGUAACAACAGAAGAUCAGCUGAGCGCAGGCGCCCAUUGGAUGAAUUUAAUAAUGGUGUAGUCAUGACAAACAGACCUAUAAAAGACAAUGAGAUUUUUGAGAUUCAGCUGGACAGAUUAGUGGACAAGUGGUCUGGGUCAAUAGAGGUAGGAAUCACUACUCAUAAUCCCUCCACGCUGGAGUUCCCUGCUACAAUGACCAACAUGAGGAAUGCCAGUUCUAGUCGUACUAUAAUGAUGAGUGGCUGCGGCAUUUUGACCAAUGGUAAAGGCACAAGAAGAGAGUAUGGCCAGUUUAACUUGGAUGAGUUGAGUGAAGGAGAUCGUAUAGGACUUGUACGUAAAUCAAACGGACAUUUACAUUAUUUUAUUAACGGACUGGACCAGGGUAUGGCCUCGUCCAAUGCCCCGUCCCCUGUGUGGGGAGUGGUUGACCUGUAUGGGAUGGCGGUUAAAGUGAGCAUCAUUGACCACAGUCCAGUGGAGGCCGAGGUGGAGGUGCCCAGCAUGGUGCCCCUGCAGCCAGUGGAGCGUAGCCUGGUCAACACCCUGCGACAGUUUCUGGAUUCCUGUGAGGGCAGCGAGAGGCUGGAAUCUCGGGCACCAACUGAUACCACAGAAGAUGUUGAAAAGCUUUUGUUUAGUCCUGUGUGUGGGGUCCAUGCUGCUGUCAUCAAUGGGAACAGGACAGCUCAUAGACCCAACGCUACUGACGACUUCAACAAUGGGGUUAUUUUGACCAAUCGGAUCCUGCGCCCCAAUGAAGUUUUUGAAGUUCGGCUGGAUCGACUGGUGGACAAAUGGGCGGGGUCUAUAGAGAUAGGGCUGACCACUCAUAAACCUAACGAGCUGGACUUCCCCUCGACCAUGACCAACAUUCGCUCAGGAACCUGGAUGAUGACAGGGAAUGGGGUCAUGCACAACGGCUCAACUAUCAUUGAGGAUUAUGGACAGAAUCUUGACCGACUGAAGGUUGGAGAUCGUGUUGGUGUGGUUAGAAAACCUGAUGGAACUGUCCAUUUUUUCGUCAAUGGAAUAGACCAAGGGGCCUGUGCCAGCAACGUGCCUGCUAAUGUCUACGGGGUCAUUGACCUGUAUGGGAUGGCAGCACAGGCUACAAUUGUUGACAUGUCAGAGGCCCUGACCUCACCUGACACAGACUCCAGUGUCUUCACUGACCCUGACCAGCUCAAGUUCCACCACCUCCACGGCCGUAACGCCACGGUGCUGCACAAUGGGAUGACCGCUGCCCGACCCAACGCCACAGGGGAGUUCAAUGAUGCUAUAGUCAUGAGCAACAGGCCGCUGCGAGAUGGAGAGUUGUUUGAAGUGGUCUUAGAGAAGAUGGUUGACCGCUGGUCAGGAUCUCUAGAAGCUGGGGUCACACUAGUCAAACCAGAGGAGAUAGAGUUCCCCAACACCAUGACAGAUAUUGAACAUGAUACCUGGAUGUUAAGUGGAUCAGCCAUUAUGCAAGAUGGGGCGACAAUUAGAAAUGGGUACCCCUUGGAUCUGGACUCCCUGACUGUGGGGUCAAGGGUCGGCAUGAUGAGGUGUGCUGAUGGGACACUGCACUACUACCUGGACGGUGUGGACCAGGGUGUGGCCAGUGCGGACAUCGCCCCAGGUGUAUUUGCUGUGAUAGACCUGUAUGGUCAGUGUGCUCAGGUCAGCAUAUCCUCUGGUACUGUUGUUUUACCACCACUGGCCCUGCUCCAACAACAGACCAGCAUCCAGACAGAGCCAGUGUCCACUCCAUCAGUAGCUAACGCAGACAUCACUCACAGGCUGAGUAAAUGCUGUGGUAAGAACAUCACUCUCCGCAACAGCUGCUGGGGUGCCAGUAGAGUCCAGAGCUACAACCACGGAAUUGUCUUCAGCUCGGAGCCGCUCAAGUACGAUGAAAUUUUUGAGGUGGAGGUGAGUGAGGUGUCCAGCCAAUGGUCAGGCUCACUGAAGAUUGGACUGACCACCAUGGCCAUCUCAGACUGCAGCUCCCCUGUCAACAUCCCAUCCACUGCGGAUGAGAUCACCUCCAAGGUCACAUGGAUAGUCUCAGGGUCAGAGGUCAAGAAGUGUGGGCUGGUUAUCAAGGACAACUAUGCCCCAUCUCUACAAAGACUGCAGGUUGGGGAUAGAGUGGCUGUAUGCAGGUAUUCUGAUGGCACAAUGCAUGUUCUGCUCAAUGGGGAUGACCUUGGUGAGGCUGCCUCUGGGAUACCAAAGAAUGUUUUUGCUGUGAUAGACUUGCAUGGAGCUGUAGAGGGGAUUGUCAUAACAAGCAGUGCCAGUAUAGAGUCAACCAGCAGUGUCUUGUCUCCUGUUUAUGACGUGGACCUGUCUGUUCAGGAGCGUGACCAAGACAGUGACGCCACCAGCCACCUGUCAAGUUGUUUCCACAUCAACCAUGGUAAAAACAUCUUACUGCGAGACGGCAGCAAACUCGCUGAGAGGCUAGCCAGCUACAACAACGCUCUGGUUGUCGGCAAUAAACCUUUAAAGAAGAGGAAAAUUUUUCAGGUGAGGGUGGGGAAACUGAACCCAAAAUGGAGCUCCUCACUGAUGAUAGGGAUCAUAGGGUUCCCUGUGGACAAGUACACAUUCCCUCCAUCUGCCAUGGCCAUCAGGAAACCUUGUGUCGUCCUGCAGGGGGAAUCAGUCUUUGUCUCAGGUUCAAAGGUGAAGGACCACUACGGCCCUAACCUGGACACGCUGUGUGAGAACAGCCGUGUGGGGGUGGUGGUGGAUGAAGACUCGUGUCUCCACCUGCUGGUCAAUGGCAUCGACUACGGCGUGGCUGCCAGAGAUGUGCCACACCCCUGUUGGCCUCUGGUGGACCUGUAUGGUCAGUGUGAACAGGUGACAAUACUUGCUGAGGAUUAUGAGAGUAUGGCUGCUACAGGAAUCAAAGAGGAGAGGGAGAAGGCAGAUAUUGAGAACAAAGGCAAAGAAAAAGCUACCAGUGGUGUAGACAGCAUUACAGGUCUGCGUAACUGUGAAUAUUUUAACAUCUGUAAUAGGCUCAAAAUUUCCUUAGGGUUGCCAGACGGCUACUUUGAGGGUCAAAGCAUCUGUUUUUGCUCUGGCUGCCACAAGGCCAGGGGUGAUGAGAGCUACCUGAGGCGAGGUGACCCUCCAAAAGAUUUUGUCCUGCCCUUUGGGUGGUGCCGUUAUGUACUGAGGGCACCUAACAAAACCCACAGCCUGAAUGUGGCAGAGAAGUGGCACCUGGCCUACCAUGGUGUCCGCAUGUCAGAUGUUCGCAGGAUACUGGACACAUUUGAUCUCAUCCCUUCAGAUGAAGCCAGUGUGGCCAGCAGUCCCCUGCUCCCCCGUCCAUUAGCCUACAAUGAGAAGUCCCGCCCUGAGAACCUGGGAGGGAAGCAGAUUUACCUGUCGCCCACUAUACGACACGCAGGUGCCACGCAGUUCUCACCUAAAUACAGAUUCUGUGAUCCAAAGACCAAAAAGACCUACGAGUGUCGCGCAGCAUUCCAGGUGUGGGUGAAGCCAGGCUCGUACAAGGUGAUACCGCAGGUGGAGGAGGACAAGGCCCAGGUGGACCCCCACUUUAAAAACUGUGAGAUUGACUGGGUGACCAAAGAGCGGGGGUCCACCAUGCUGCAUGCCCUGCUGCUCAGGGUGGAGUGAAUGGGGGAGGGAGGGGUGUUGCUAUGGUUACAUGUCAACACCUAGCUCCAGAUUUCCAGUAUUUCAUCACUCACUGACUUGUUCAUCUUAUUGCGACGCGUUGGAUUGCAUGCAUAUCAUGGCUGACAGUUCUCAGACAGGAUGGUUGCCUCAAACUUCUAACUGCAAUUCUGGCAAAUCUCAAUUGUUUUCCUGUUGACCACGGCAAAAAUUUUGGUUCAAAUCAAACAUGGACUAAUGAAAUUAAAAGGAAUCCUUAACAAGAUCAAUUUAUAUGAACAUGGACGGUUUAUUUCCCCCGGAGUCGGAGUGUCGAGUUCACUGUUGGGAUGUGUUCCAUAUUGUUGUUGUGUGUUGUCUCUUUUGACUUUCCAGUUUGAACAAGUGGCUGCAGAUAUUUUAUUUUUUACUUCAGUUACAAAUCUCAAUUUGCUUUUAGUGUUUAGAAUUUAUUGCCGCUUGACAGAAUAUUUGAGAGGCUCAGUAACCACUUCCUUAAACCACUUGACGCUCUCGAGGUUUAGCUCCCUCUUGGAGCAAUCUGUUAGUCUAGGAACAAGCUAGGAUUUAUUUGGUCAUGUCCCCAGGAGACCGUUAAAGAUUAAUCAGGUCAUGUCCAGGGCUAGAAACAUGACAGCAAUUUUUAGCCAUCUCUCAACAGAUGUUUAUUCCUUCCUUCAUUCCACUCUGUGCCUGAGAGAGGCAGACUGGUUAAACUCUUAAACCAGCGACACAUUGGUAGUGGCAUGGCUGAGGAGUGUCACUAGUAUUCAGAUCAAUAAUUGAUCACAUUAUUCUACAAAUUUGACAUUUUUAUAUACACUGAAAUCAAGUAUUUACGAAGCUGUGUUGGUAAUUUAAAUAAUGAAAUCACCUUGACAAGCCGAGACAACUCUUGCCAUGAUUUGUUGUUCAAACUUUGAUAGAUGUUUAAGUCAGCUGGAUGCAUAUUAUUCCUUACGAUCUAGUUUAGUUUUAAUCUCCAGGCUAAAUUAUUGUUUCUUUUGAUGAAGUGUAUUUUGAAACAGUUUUAAAGGAUUCAGCUUCAACCAAUCAGGUUUAUUUCUAGAGCUGGCCAGGUAGAAGUUUCACUCCAAAUUUACAUUCCAUAAUAUCUUGUCAUACCAUUCUAUUGGAAAACUGUAGGCUGUACAGUGCUGAACUGACAUCAGAACCCAGUACUGAGGAACAAGGAAUGGCUUGAUGUAAAGUAGUCA